AUGUCGCUUCCUCCUCAGGCAUUACAAAAGCUCUUGGUUGAGAUGAAUGCGAAUCUUCGUAAAAACGAAGCUGAUUUACAGAUGGUUAAUAUUCAAUUAAACAGGAGAAACAAUUCAUUAAAAUUGAAUGAGCUAACCACCAGCGAAUUGAAAAAGGAUAAAGUUGAUACUGUUUGGAAAGGAUGUGGUAAAAUGUUUUACAAACAAUCUAGUGAGAAGUAUUUAACAGAUUUAAAAAUGCAGGAUGAUAAUUUAAAGGAGCAAGUGAAUGCAUUGAAUAAAAAGAAGGUGUAUAUUGAGACUACCGUCAAAAAUACAAUUAAUGGAAUGAAUAAAAUAUUUGGGAUUGAAAAUUAA